CUCCUGCAUAGCAGCAUCAACUCCUGCCUCGACGCCAGACGCAAAUGAAGGCCGCUCCCAACUCUGACGAUCUACCCUCCAUCAGCGUCGCCGACGGCGCCGCUCAUGGCGACGUGCCGAGCUAUCCGGUGCCGCCUGGUUUCGCUGGCUCCAACAAAGCUUACGAUGCAGUGAGGGCCAAGGCUGACUGCAAUGAGCCAGUUACUUACGGCACCAGCUACUUCUGUUGUCCCAACAUCCUCGAUGAGCCGCUCAACCUGCUGCAGGUCCUCUGCAACACGCCGUGCCCGACGAGAGGCCCAUCCUUUUGCUGCUGUGCGGCCAAGUACCGCGAUGCCUGUGCUGGCUGCUGCACGAGCGGAUGUGUAGGAUGCACAAGGUGCCUUCUCAAGUUGCAGGGGUACGAGCAAACUGAAGUACACUUCUUCGAGACGCACGAGGAGGCGCUCGCUGCGCUGACGGCGCUGCCAGCCAACCCGGCUGUACCAGAGGAGAUAGCGGGCUUCUGGUGCGCCAGCCUUUCCGAGCGUCCGUGUCACAUCGCCGCCCGACUCGUGUCUGACAAGUGUCGCUGAUGCAGGGCCUUCGAGGGCAACCCCUUCCCCGAGCAGCUCGUCUCGUUUGCAACCUUCGAGUACGACGCCGAGAGGCGCGAGAUGCGUGCCGACCACGUGUUCAUCCGCGAGGGUUGGCUCGAGCGCGGUGAUUGCGCGGGCGCGACCCAGCAGUGCCUGAUGGCCACGGGGUGCCAGGUGACCUCCGCCGAUCUAGCCUUGCAUAACCCGAACCCAUCUCACAGCUUGGCCAUCCACCUCCGGCCAGAGCCAAGUCCAGAGCCCUGCCACCGCGUGCCCUCGCCGCCC